AUUUUACAGGUCAAGUAUUUGUACUAUUAAACAUUCAAGUAUUUACAGUAAAUAUAAGAAGUGACGCCAACAAUGUAGACAUGGAGGAAAAAAAGGAAGAAAACUAAAAGCUCCUCUUCUGUAUUUCAUUUGACCUGGACGUUGAACGUCCUCCACUUGACUGUAACAGGUUAAAAGAUCAAGUUCAUUUGCCUGCUUUCAGGAAGCCUAACCACCCACAUUAUAACGUAUGUUUGGACCUGUGUUCACGCUUGAGGAGCUGUGAAUAAAAGCCUCUUUGUGUCCGUGCACUGGCUGUAAUGCGAGGGAAACGGUGCAGGGAGAGGCCUGAUGGUCGCACACAGCCACAGGGAGGCAGAGGAGACCAGCUGGAAAUGGCUGCUGUGGAGCUGUGUGCUCUGCUGACUGAUCACUUAUUGAUUGUACAGGAAUCAAACUGAUUAACUCAUAACUGUACUGAGAUGGUGGCAUAACAAACCUUUAUGAAAGCUGUUUUACAGGACGUGGAUGACGCAGUUACUCCUAGAAAAUGAGGGACUUGAUCGAUCCUUAGCCAUCAAGAUGCUACAACAGAACCCGACCAGUCAACCACCAAACCUGGAUACAUUUGAAGAAUCUCCUCAAAGAAAACUCUUUCACUGGCUGCUAUUCCCCGGUCUUUCCGCCAGAGGGAAACAAAUUCAAGGAAGUCUGGAAUGAGAGCAGGUUUAUCACUGUCUUCAGCCUGAGGGGGCAGAAUGCCGGAGCAGAGCAACGAUUAUCGUGUGGUGGUGUUUGGGGCAGGGGGAGUUGGGAAGAGCUCCCUGGUCCUACGCUUCGUAAAAGGCACCUUCAGGGACACCUACAUCCCUACAGUAGAGGACACCUACCGCCAGGUGAUCAGCUGUGAUAAGAGCGUGUGCACGCUGCAAAUCACCGACACCACAGGGAGCCAUCAGUUCCCUGCCAUGCAGCGUCUCUCCAUCUCCAAAGGCCACGCCUUCAUCCUGGUCUAUUCCAUCACGAGCAAACAGUCCCUGGAGGAGCUCAAACCCAUUUAUCAACAGGUUCUGGCCAUUAAAGGCAACGUCGAGGCCAUUCCCAUCAUGCUCGUGGGUAACAAGAGUGACGAGACCCAGCGGGAGGUGGACACCAAGGACGGAGAGGCUCAGGCCAACCAGUGGAAGUGCGCCUUCAUGGAGACGUCAGCCAAGACCAACCACAACGUAACUGAGCUCUUUCAGGAGCUUCUCAACCUGGACAAGAAGAGGAACAUGAGCCUCAACAUUGACGGCAAGCGUUCAGGGAAGCAGUCCCGUGCCGAGAGACUGAAGGGCAAGUGCAGCGUGAUGUAAAUCCAGAAAAGGAAAAUGUGAAGAUGAGGAAAGGUGGAAAAGAGAGGAGGCAGAACAGAAAAAAAAAGACAGACUCAAGAAACAGGUCAAUCAGAGCAAAACAUCCGAACGGCGACAGGCGUCUCAUCACCGACACAUCUGCCUGUAACUUUCAUACCGGACACAUUUCAUAUCACAGCGCUGAAUCACGUGCAUCCUACUUAUCACAUUAUUUGGAGAAGCUUUUGUCUUACAGUUAACCCCGGGGACCGGCCAACCUUUGCGGGAGACGGUUUCGGUGUGGACAUUUGAAUCAUCCGAGGGCCAUGUAUGCUAGCUGACGAUUUCAGCAAAGACCUUCGACAGCUGCAGCCCUUAGAAAGGUUGGAGGUUUCCACGAAACAUUAGCCCCGUCCUUUACAUACCUCCUGUUAUAACAGUCGUAGAGAAGUGUGGUGUAAAUGUCAUCUUGAGAUUGAAACUGAAGUAUCUGUUUCAUACUAGAAGAGACAGGACGGAACGGUCUCGAGACUGCUUGCAAAAAACAAAAAAACAAAACAAAAGAACGGCAGCAAAAUACAGCACCCAGCCACAGCCCAGAGCCACGCCUACGGACUCUGAUGUAUAUAAACAUGGAAUAUUUGAUUUAUUUCCUCUAAACCACUAAACAUGUCCCGCCCCAACUAUUGUAUCAGUCAAAAAAGGUUUGUUGUAAAUUUUAACGCAUAUACAUGGCUAGAGGAUGUAUUCACUAAUUUUCACAGCUCAUAAUCAAAUCUCCUAAAAUUUAGAAAUGACUUUUCUUAACAUUUGUCGUUACAUGGAAGCUAACAAGCAACCCCUUUUAAAAGGCCUCAUAGUGGUGAGGUAACUGGCGCAGGGCAUACAGAACAUACGACUCCGACUCAAAGCAGUGAUGCUGUAGUGACGCAAAACAACAACUGUGUUUCCAACCAAACUGAAAACAUGGAACAGAAAUACACGUUUGCCUCGGAGAUGCGUAUUUCAUUGUCAUUCAUUGCCGAGCUGGUAAGACAAAGGCAGACCGGGCGGCUUUUUCGGUUGCGUGAUGGAGCAUAUGAGUUUGCUAAUGGCAUUUUUAAUGUGAUUUUUUUUUUCUUUUGUCUUUGCCAUUUUAUUUAUGCUGUUUUGAAAACAUGCCAGGUAAAAAAAGAAAAAGCACAGAAAAAAAUUAAGAAUGAAAUGGAUGUAGAAAACAAAAUCUUCCCUUUCUUUUCUUUCUUUUUUUUUUUUUUUUUUUUUUUUUUGGUGUGAGCUGAAUCAGUUAUUCUGUUUCCUUUUCGGCUGCUUCAGUCACAUGACACUCUCCUAACACCCCGGCAUCUGGAAACAGACUGGGUCUCACACAUUCACACGCAUGGUUGCAGUUGUCAUUUACAUGAAGUUAACCAGGGCUCACCUCACCUCUAAGUCCUCACGGUGCACUUUAUGUCGUGCAAUAUAUACAAACAUACAUAUAUAAAUAUAUAUAUGUAUGUAUAUAUACACACAACAACAAUUUGCCAUGCUCUUGUUUGAGUUGUGUAUCUAUCCAAACGCACACACUGCUUUUCUCACUAUUUUCUCAUGCAAGAGCUCUGACAAAUUGUACACAGUGUACACAGGACAGUCAAAAGCACAAUACUUUUUACAAACAUAUCUUGUUUGUUUGUGUGUGUGUGUGUGUGUGUGUGUGAAUUAAUUUCUUGUACAUACUAGUUUGGCUUUCUUUUUGUCCUGUUUGCGAUUUCCAUCCUAAACCUACGUCGACGUGAACGUGAAAAAACAACCGCGCCGUAGGUGCGAUGUACAGACGACUGUCGAAAUGUCUUACUUGUCCGACGCCAGUGGCACAACGACGUCGCGGUUCUGAACAACAACAGGGUAUCACGGCAUGACCCUUUAGCUGCGUCUGUGGGUGCGUGUGGUUGUGAUGUCACCUUUACCGAGUGAUUGCCUGGUCAUGAGGGACGCGUUGAGUAGGAAGUGUUUUUUUGGAUGAUCUGCUGGUGUACUGUUUAAGGGUGAAUACAACAGGUUCCAACACACACUGCAGUUGUUUUGUGGCCUCAGAGAACGACUGUAUGAAUGUUUAGCAUAGAGUUGUUUUUAAACUCAUUUGAAAGAAUAGCUGGACUUUCACAGAGUGAAACUGUGCCAGGCUUUUCAGCCUAAGAUGCUUAAAAUAUUAUUACAUCUGCUAUGUCUCAUGAACUAGUUCCCAAAUAGGCAUCACUGUGAAUAUGUAUACUCUACGUGUAGAAAUAGCCCAACUUUUUGGGGUUUUAACCCCAAUUUGACAUCACAAAUAUCUGGCGACCACAGAGACUUUUUUUAUAGAAUUGGUUUUCGAUCAUGUAUGUUAUUCUGUGAGUAGCUGGAUCAGACCCCAAAGUGAUGUUUUAUUUUUCCAGACCACAAAUGGUCAGCGCUCCUCAUGUUAGUCCACCUUGAAUUCUCCCUCAGCUGAUCUUUGAACAGCAGUGAAAAUUUACCAACAGCAAUUAAUGCAACAAAAACGAGGAGCAUUUAUUUCAUAAUGAAUGACUGAAACACGCAGAUUGGUGCCUUGCAAUGAACCGGUUCAUGUGGGCAGCACUUGGAAUGAUGUUAGCAUCGUGCAGUACAGUUCUAAGUGUCUUCCUCUACAGGUUUGCUUUAUAUCAGUUGGCUGUAGAGUCUUGGUCUUUCAUGGACCAUGUUUAUUCUAUCAUUUGUAACAUGUGACCCUUAACAACAGCAUUGUGUUUUGAAACCUGUUGGAUGAUUCCUUUAAACCCAAAGAUAGAGUGGACGUCUAUUUUAUCUGUGUGUCAAUUACGGAGAAGAAAAAGCACAGCAACUGUUUCUGUCUGUCUUGUCUGUCUUUUUGUGUACAGCAGGAUCACCAACAGGGCACUUUAGGGUGGGAUUUUACUUGAACACCUGCUUAUUAAACGGCGUCGACUAAUUUACGAUAAUUGUGAAUUUCUCCCCUUGUUCACCACCGAAAACAAAUUCACACUGUAAAUAAAAUAAAUAUGGUAAAUUUAAAAGCUUCAAGUAGGAUGUUGCCCAUGUACUCGCUGUCUUUCUGGGAGUAUGUCCUUUGUAACCAGGAAAUGUUGUUACAGUAGGAGGUUCAAUGUUACUAUAAUAUACUGUAAUAUACAGAUUCAUUAUGAUACUCAUGAUAUAAUUGUACUGGACAUAUCCUCUCCUUGGAUCUUUAAUUCUGGAUAAGAUGAGAAAAAUGUGAAUAUGUAACUACAGGUUCCACUUCAUGGCUCGUUCUCUUCAUUUCUAAGUUGUUCCAGCCGCGUUGUUCUUUGCACUAAAGUGAGGUCCCGUCAAACUCGGACAUUUGAAACAUACCCUUUACUCUUUAGACACCAGGGAUGCUGGUCCAUUCAUUCAUUCUCUUUCAGUUUUUGUCCAUCACUAAUGUCUUGUAGUUUGUCUCGGCAUGUGUUUGCUUGUUUUCGAUUGAUUCAAAUCUGCUUGAGGAGGCUGCACUGAACCUCAAAACGGGGGAGGGGACAAAAAAAAAAGAAAAGAAAAAUAAUAUAUACGAGCCACCUCUGGUGUGAGCUGAUGAGUAACUACCGGCAGCGGCUGCAUAAAUAUCAGCUUGACACGUGUGACUGUGAUCACGCAAAUGCCAGAUUGCGAGCGCAUGUUUGUGCAAUCUGUUGCUCUGACGUGUAUGGGAAAGGGUUGUUGCUCAUGUUCCUGUGUGGAAAGGGAUAGAGUUUGGUGAAAUAAACAUUGAGGCAGUGCGGACAACAGGCUGCGUCAUGGGGGGAAGAGGAGCUGUGUGCUGUGACCGAGGUCUGACAGAGGGAGUAGUACGGCGUCCAUGUGGACGGUCUGAGCGUUGACUGAGGUUCUGUGCUGUGUGAGUCAAACACAGGCAUGAAUCAGAACCCACCCCCAUGACCCACCCCCGCCCCAUCACUCCCAUGGUCUGUCUCAUCUCAUUUAUCAAUGAAGCAUAUUCAUUGCGUGCUGCAGCUACAUCUGUUAGUGUUUGUUCGUUUGUGUUUCACCCAUUUUGUUUUCUCACCGCAGCCUACAUGAGUGUGUGUGUGUGUGUGUGCAUGCAUCUUUGUGAACUGUUGUUUGUCUCCACAUGGCGUGUUAUGACGUAUCUGUCAGAUAUUUGAAGCAUUUCCUGUGAAGAAUGCCUACACAUUCUGCAUGAGUCAUCUAGCUCUCACACACACAUGCAUGUGUCUGUAUAGUUGUGAGGAUGCACAUAUACACUCAUUUGUCCUUGCCUAUCUGAAAUAAUGCCUAGGCCUCUCACCUGUUUCCUAACCGUGGCUCUUGUUACACAGAGACAGCUUUUAUGUGGCCAAUAUUUUUGAACCUAAAUACACUUUAAGGGUCUGCUGGCAGGGUUUGACUUUGAAUUUUUAAUAGGGUUAGUUACUAAGAUGUAAAUUAUAUUUUUAGGGUCAUCUUCCUAAAUAGGUAAUUAGCAUUUGCCAGACUAAAUAAGCUGGUUGAAAUAUAUUGUGACCCUAUGGAACAUAGAGCCUGUUCACAUUUGUAUUUCACUUUCUUUGGUUUAAGCUUAAGGGGAAUUAUACAUUUAUUUUCUUUGGCUUGUAAAGACCAAGUCUUAGCCAACGGGUUGUUUAAACCUGACAUUUUUAUCACUGAUACAUGGACACCGUCUGCCUUUUCUUUUCUAGACACCUUUUAGAAAUUCCUGGCAUCGUUCUGCCUUUGAUGGAGGUCAUGACAUUUCUGUCAGCAUACACUUUGCUUGUUUCACUCUGUGGAGUCUGACUGUAACAUUUGGUGACACUGCUGUCUCCAGGUUUUUAUCAUGUCUGGUUCUCCAUGUAGGGUUUGCUAAUCAAGAAAAAAAUAUUAAUGUAAUUUAACACUGAGGUGCAUGUGUGUGUAUCCUAAAAUGUUCCAACGAACCAAAUUGGGGAAGCAAACACAAGUUUUUUAACCAAAAACAAAAUUAGCAAACCUGAAAACACCUUUUUUUUUUUCAAUAUUCUUAAGUACCACAGGAGGCGCAGUUGCCCUACUUUUGUUAGUUAAUGAAUCUGGUCUUUCAUAUAAAUAUUUCUGUCACUUAUGUACUUCCCAAACCUAAAACCUUCAAUAGAAUUUUUUAAAAAGUAUCUUUUUACAAGGACCAUUUAAAAUGUCCCCACAAACCAAGAGGUCUUUGGUUGGCAGGACAACGGUCUUCACAAAGCUAUAAAACAAGUAUAUAGGCGACAUUGACAGACUGCAUGCCUUCAGUUACUCAUCCUCACACUUCCAUCCAUGGUCUUAAUCACUGGCUGCGUUCCAACUCUGCCCUAUCACACAGACACAUCUUGUCUGUGCGCUGUCUCUCCAAAGUUUCCACACACACACACACACACAGAAAGUGAGUCUCCUUCACAUCGGUCCCUCAUUUGUCUUUGAGUCAGCUGCUCCUGAACAGACUGGAGGUCGACUCCGCUCAUAGUUGACUGUAGAUAGCUGUAAAUAGUGUUUAAAGGACUAAAUAUAUCAGAGAUGUAAGAGGAGAGCGUGCAUACAAAGGAAGCUGCGGAAGAAGGUGCCUGCAUUUUAUUUAUUAUUGUCCCUUUUUAAAGUUACACAGUAAAAAAAAAGAAAAAAACCCCACACACUUUACUUCAGCCUGUGUCAUCUUCAGCAGCUACUGUAAAGUAGUUAAAAACAUCUUUGGGUGGUUUUCAAAAUGCUAAGUAAACAAAUAAUU